UUGAUGUGUGUGUGUGUUCGGGGUCGCGUGGGAGGAAGAGAGCGAGAGAGAUCUGGCCACUGAGCUGUUGUGUUGAGACUUGCUGGUGCAUAUGCGGACGCCGAGUGGGCACGGAGAGUGACUUUCGAACGUCAACUGAAAGGGGUAGGAAUAUGUGCUACGGAACAGGUCGCUGGAAUGGUCGGAUCUGACAAAGAUGGCGAGCAUUGAUCUGCAAGCGAGCUGCUGAUCUAACCUGCCUGGAGCUUGAUCUCGAGUAAUUUUAUUUGUUGUUUAGCAGGACAGCCUUUCAAAAACAUUCCAAGUGGGUGCAGAAAUGUCUGCCGAUUCAGACGUUGCGAAUUUCGAAGGAGACGACCCUAAGCGCGCACGCCAUACGGUCAUUCUCGGAUGGAGCAACAAAAUCCCUUCUCUGCUGAGGCAGCUAGUAGCUCACAACCACAAUGAGCACGGACUGCAGAUCACAGUAGUUGCGGCCAUGGAGGUGGAGCAAAUGCAGGUCGAAAUCAAUCACCACAUGGACGACUUGGUCGGUACGAGCCUCAAGCUCAUAUGUGGCAGCCGUCUUGACACACAAAUCCUCCGCAAGGCCUCAAUUGACACGGCCCAAGCUGUGAUCAUCCUUGCUGAGAGCCAAGACGCCGAGGAGAGCGACGAGCUCGCGGUAAUCAUCGUCAUAAAAAUACUCAAGGUAGUGGACACAGCCCAUUUCAGAGGCCACAUUGUGGUGGAAGUCCACGACGUUGAGAACGAGCCCUGGAUUAAGCAAGCAGGCCGUGGAUUAGUGGAGACCGUGGUGGCCAAGGAAGUGAUUACCCGUCUCAUGGUGCAAUGUGCUCGUCAAUCGGGCGUCGCACAAAUCUGGCGAGACAUUUUAGGGUCCGAGAGAGUGGAGUUUUACAUCCAGCGGUGGCCGGAGCUGGACGGGAUGCGCUUUUCCAACGCGCUUAUUAGCUUCCCAGAUGCCAUUCCAUGCGGAGUCAAGGUGGCCUCCCGGCGCGGCAAGAUCGUGCUCAACCCUGACGACGAUUACAUCCUUGGAGAAGGUGACGAGGUGAUCGUCAUCGCAGCAGACCACGACUCCUACACUCCAUCCACUUCGACCUCAGUAGCCCAAGUAUUCCCACUCCGCUCGCCAAUAGAAGUCGAGCAAGCGAAGCCAGUGAAAAAGAUUUUGUUCUGCGGAUGGCAGUCCGACAUGGACGACAUGGUAUCCAUUCUAGACCAUGUGUUAAGGCGAGGCUCGGAGCUUUGGAUUUUCAGCGAGGAGCCGCAGGAGGAGCGGGAGAAGCGAUUCAAUGAGAAGGGCAUCGUAGUCGCGGACCUCGAGAAUGUGAAAUUGAGCCACUACUCGGGCGAAGCAACACGAAAGAAGGAUUUAGAAGCCUUGCCACUGGAGACAUUCGACUCAAUUCUGCUCGUGGCAGACGGAGGAGCCUCCUUCGACGCUGAGCAGGAGCUGUUGUCCACCCUUAUCCUGAUCAAGAGCAUUCAAGCGAGCCGGAUGCCAUACAGGGAGGCGAGAGCGGUGCACAUGCUGCCGGCGGGGAACAGCAAAAGCUCCUGGAUCGAUGAGCUCCAGCACAACUCCGCGCAAUCGAUCAUCGUCAGCGAGGUGCUGAACGCGCGAACGAGACAAGUGCUUGGCCAAGCGGGAUCCCAUGAUUCCCAGGAGAUAGAAAUCUCCGACGAGAUGGUGAGCAUGGCAUUGGCGAUGGUGGCGGAGGACAGGCGCAUCGGGGGCGUUUUAGACGAGCUUUUCGCCGAGCAGGGAAACGAGAUGGUCAUGCGACCAGCGGAAGUGUACUUCGACCAGGAGGAGGAGCUCAGUUUCUUCGACAUCAUGGUGCGCGGGAGGCAGCGCAGGGAAAUUGUGAUCGGAUACCACUCCCUGUUUGAAGACACCCCAGUAAUCAAUCCGUGCCACAAAGCGGUGAAGAAAAAGUGGUCCUUCCAGGACAGCUUCAUCGCGCUCGUGGAGCGGCAAUAAUCUGCACAGCCUCCCGCCUCGUUAGUUUCGAACCCACAAUCUCAGUCCCUCAAACCCUUUGCAUUCCUGUUCGUGAAUGUUUUCAAUCUGGAUAGCCUUCCGAGAUUCAAAAAUCCUAACUCAAACCCCCUCCAUCUUCUUACCAAUGGUGCAAGGCAACAGUUCCUGUUUCUAGACAUUUCUUGAAGGCUUUUCAAUGCUGCAUUGAGGCAACAAAGAUAUAUUACAAGAUUGCUAAUUCGAGAAGAUUUAUUUCAAAGAUAUGUUCCUCUUGGUGGCAAUGCAGCUCUAGGAUAAUCUCAACAUGCAACCUGAAUCAGAAUGCAGAGACGAAGUGAUUAAAAUGUAAUCUAAUAUGGCGGAAUCAUAAUCAUUGUCCAGAAGCUGUCUCUCCCGUUCUUAGUAUUUUUUCCCUCUUUCUACGGAGUGAGUCUGGCGCAGUUCUGCAUUAUUAACAGGUAGACGACGUAUUCUUCUCAAUAAGAACAUUGUUCUGGGGUUAACUCUGACCCCAGAGUCUAAAAUAAAGCUCUGCGAUGUCUUUAUCGAA